AAGUGAGUCAGCCGUCAGCACUUCAAACGCUCGUUUCUUUUGUCAAAGGUAGCCACUGUAUCUGACAAUUCGUAAAUUUGACCAUCAGCCUGCUCUAAAAGACCCCGUUGAUCAAAAUACAUUUUCCAUCUUCUUUCAGAGCUCCCCUCACGCGUCAGGGCCCAGCUUACAUCAACAUCCAUCGGUUCAACUACUACCACACAUCGAGACGCGCGAUGUCCAACCUCAAGCGAAAAGCGGGCGGCGCAGCUGGAGGGAACGACGCCAAGAAGUCAAAGGCGAAUGGCAGCAUCACCUCGUUCUUUGGAGCUCCCAAAGUUGCUGCCCCAAGUACAAACGCAGCAACCGUCCGUGGGCCGUCAAGUCCCCGUUUCGACAAGCAGAAAUGGGUGGAUAGCCUGAAGCCGGAGCAGCGUGAGCUCUUGGAACUCGAGAUUGACACCUUGCAUGAGAGCUGGCUGGCCCAGUUGAAAGAUGACCUUGUCACAAAGGAGUUUCUGGAUCUCAAACGGUUCCUGGCGGCCGAGACCAAAGCCAAGAAGAAGUGGUUCCCCCCAGCAGAGGAUGUGUACUCCUGGUCCCGACACACACCGUUCGACCAGAUCAAAGUGGUCAUUGUGGGCCAAGACCCCUACCACAACGACAAUCAGGCCCAUGGCAUGGCUUUCUCUGUCCGACCUCCUACGCCUGCUCCGCCCUCGUUGCGCAACAUGUACAUCGCUCUAAAGAAGGAUUACCCUGCUUUCAUCGACCCACCGAAUCGAGGUGGACUGCUGAUACCCUGGGCGGAUCGAGGUGUUCUGUUGCUCAACACUUGUCUGACAGUGAGGGCUCACGAAGCCUUCUCUCACGCGAAUCGUGGCUGGGAAAGGCUCACGCAGAAAGUACUCGACCUUGUCGCCAAGAAGAGGACAAGUGGUGUCGUCUUCAUAGCGUGGGGCACUCCCGCCGGCAAGAGGGUGCAAAAGAUUGAUCGGAAGAAACACCUGGUGCUGAAUAGCGUGCACCCCAGUCCAUUGAGCGCGUCUAGAGGAUUCUUCGACUGCAAGCACUUCAAGUUGGCAAAUGAGUGGCUCAUAUCGCGGUACGGGCCGGAUGGCGAGAUUGACUGGGCUCUGACGCCCGGCAAUACCACCAAGGCGCCGACCCCGGUCCAGAAAGAUGCUGACAAGCAGAACAAGGAAUCAGGCUGGCUGGAAGAGGCGGACAAGUUGGAGGAGGCCAAGAUCGAAGCCGCCAAAAAGGAGCACUCUGCCGACGGCGAUGUAAAGGAGGAUGAUAAAUCAUCCCCGGCUUGAUAUAAUGGUGUAUUUCUCCAGGGUGGACUCUGCAAUUGUGCUAGGCGUUAUGGGCAUCAGGUCAGCGCAAACGAUUCUUCUUGAUCAC